UAAUUAUGGGGAGUGCAUCCUUUUCUUCCGAGAUGGUUAAGAUAACAGGUUUUGUGAGUCUCCUAUGCUUUUGCUUCGGUCUUUAUGGGUGCAAAGGGUGUCUCCAGGAGGAGAGGACUGCUGCCUUACAACUUUGGGAUUUUUUCAACUCACAUGGCUCUACUGUUCAUACGAAGUUGGAGGGAGAUGAUUGUUGUCAAUGGGCAUUUCUGGGGUGCAACUUGUUUAAUUCGACAAACCGUGUGGUUUUCAUUGAUCUUUUCAACCAAAAUUCAGGAGCGGAAAAAUUGUACCCGAAUGCUUCUUUGUUUACUCAUUUCAGAGAAUUACAAACUCUAGAGUUAAGUUAUAACAACAUCGGAGGUUGGAUUAUGCCAGAAGCAUUAUGUGAACUAAGGAAUCUCAAAGUGUUGUCUCUAAGUGGGAACAGUCUGGACGAUGGAGGCCUUCCAAAGUGUCUUGCACGUGGCCUUCCAUUUUUGAGAGAGAUUUACCUACAGAGCAAUGCUCUCAACUUAUCAUCUCCUCUUUUAUCAGCCAUAUGUGGAUUAAGGAAUCUUCGUGUGUUAGAUCUAAGCUAUAGUGUUCUAAGUAAUGGAAGUUUUCCACCUUGCAUGUUGAGUACAUUCUCUUCAUUGGAAAAACUCUACCUAUCGAACUUUACCCUUGAACAAUCGUCUUCUAAUGUCCUAACAGCAUUACAAGGAGCAAGAAAUCUUCAAUACUUGGUUCUAAGUAAUAACAAUCUCAGCGAUGGAAGUAUGAGAGCAUUAUGUGAAGUAAGGAAUCUUCGGACAUUGGAUUUAGGUUAUAGCAAUCUCAAUGUGGAAUAUAUACCACAUUGUCUACAACAAAACCAUUCUUCUUUGGAAGAACUUACCCUACGAGGCACUUUUACCACCAAAGACUCGGAUGCUCUUCUAAAAGGAUUAAUAUGUAGAUGGAAAAAAUUGAAAUCGUUGGAUCUAAGUAUGAAUGAUCUCAGCGAUGAAAGAUUACCGUCUUGCCUAUUGCAUAACAACUCUAUGCUCGAAGGCCUUGAUCUGUCAUCGAAUAAUUUAAAAGGUUCACUCGGAUUCUCAAUAGGGCUUUGUAAACUAAGGAAGUUAUGGUACUUGGAUCUUAGCAACAACUUAAUUGACAAUAUCCCUUGGCCAUGUUUGAGCCAAUUGAAUUCUUUGCAGACCCUUGACCUUUCCCAAAACAAAAUAUCAGGUACAAUUCCUCCUUCAAUUUCUAACCUAACAUCUCUUGUCAAGCUUGAUCUUUUGAAUAAUAAGUUCGAUGAAGUGGUCUUUUUCUCCGUGUUUGCUAAUCUUUCAAAACUUGAAUACAUUGACCUUUCAAACAAUAGAGAGUUAGAAGUUGAAACUGAGUUCCCAACCUCUUGGGUUCCAUCUUUCCAGCUAAAUACCUUACACUUAGAAAGUUGUGAACUCAAGAAAAUUCCUCACUUCAUUGCCACCCAAUACAACCUAUCUGAUAUAUCUUUGUCGUAUUGCUCUCUUCAAGGAAUAAUUCCAUCCUGGCUGAUUUAUAAUGCUACUACACAUUCUCCUUACUCAUUGAUCUUGAGGGGUAAUCAUUUUAAUGGGCCAUUUCCUCUGCCCUUAAAAAAUGAAACAUCAGAGCUCCAAUACCUUGACAUCUCCGACAACAAUAUCGAAGGGCUCCUUCCUGGAAACAUCGAUGAGCUUUUCCCAAAUUUAUUUUUCUUUAACAUGUCUGAAAACAAACUUGAAGGCUGCAUCCCUCCCUCAUUUGACAAAUUAAUUAACUUAGAGGUAUUGGAUUUAUCAAAUAAUCACUUUGUAGGCGAAGUACCUCAUAGAUUAACUCAAAAUAGUACUUCCUUGUUAUUUUUGAUCUUAUCAAAUAACCAUUUACAUGCAAUGGCAAGAGUUUCCAACAUGACAAAUCUACUCACUUUAAAACUUGAUGGCAAUCUCUUCACAAGACCCUUCCCAAUCACUCCAUCAAGUGUUCCCUCACUCUUGCUUCUAGACAUAAGUAGGAACUUCAUGUCAGGCAAUAUCCAAGAUUGGUUGUCAGCUUUCCCAAGAUUGGUCUCACUCCUUAUAAGAGAAAAUCAAUUUGUUGGUUUUCUUCCAACGGCAUUGUGUCAGAUGCAACAAUUACAUUUUUUGGAUCUAUCAAAUAACCAUCUUUCUGGAAGCAUACCUUCUUGCUUCAACAACAUGACUUCAUGGCUGGAAGAAGUUGAAGUUCUAAAUUUUGGAAAAGUAGUUUGGGCGAUCAAUUUCAAGGAGGUUUAUACGUUCAAAAUAAAUUUUGCCACAAAGGGAAAUUUUUACUCAUACGAGGGUGUUCCACUUCGUCUGAUGGAAGUGAUCGAUUUAUCUCUAAACCAAUUAACUGGUGAUAUUCCAUCUCAAUUUGGAGAACUGAGAGCCUUACGUUCAUUAAACCUUUCUCACAAUUCUCUAGUAGGCAAUAUUCCAGAAUCCUUUCAAGGGUUGGAAAAGUUGGAGAGUUUAGAUCUCUCCCACAACAAGUUGGUGGGAAAGAUCCCCCCUCAAAUGAUUCAACUCGAUUUUCUUUCUUUUUUCAAUGUGGCCUUCAAUCAACUUUCGGGCAAGAUCCCAUAUGAGAAGCAUUUUGAUACAUUCAACAAGGAUAGCUACAUUGGUAAUCCAAGACUUUGUGGACCUCCAACUGAAGUCAAUUGUUUAUCACCUCAACCACCCCACAGUGAAUACAAGGAAGGUGAUGCUGAUGAACAAAGUCUGAUCGACAAUGACUUAUUCUUCUAUUCAUGUGUGGCUAUUUCUUACCUCUUGGGAUUCUGGGCUGUUAUUGCUCCUCUCCUUCUGAGCAGAAAUUGGCGUAGGAAAUAUUACAGAGUUGUAGAUGGAUGCAUUGAUAGGUGUAGUGAGAGGCUCUUCUGGUGUUUUGACAGCGAUGAGGACCACGAUGAUUGGGUUGCAGAGAGAGCGGUUCCAGACGAGGAAGCAAAUGGAGCCAAGGAGUUUGCAGGGUUGGGAUUCUGA